CUUGACUUCACACAUCACGACCUCAAUCACUUGACUCUACGCAUACAUACGAUAUCCCACGGUCUCCACAACCUGAACUCACAUUUCGGGAUCGAAAUGUCGUCUAACCGCCUUUUCCGAUUCCCCAAACCCGCCUGGUUCAACAACGCAAAUGGAAGGACAGCAGGCGUCUACACAGCCGGAGCUCUGUUCUCCCUCGGCUUCUACAUCCUGAUCGAUAUCGCUUCCUGGUCCCACUCUGCGCUCAACGGCUCCGACGCACACGUCACAUUCGUGGACUGGAUCCCCGGAAUCUGCAGUGCGCUAGGCAUGCUCGUCAUCAACAGCAUCGACAAGUCCCGCCUGUCCGCUGAUAGUUUCUCGUACUCUGGCAAUGGCGUCGCCUGGAAGGCGAGACUGGUUCUCUUCCUGGGAUUUGCGCUACUGGCUGGUGGAUUGGCGGGGAGUGUGGUUGUUUUGGUCAUGAAGUACGUGGUGACAUCUGUUGUCUUGCCCACGCUUUGGCUCGGUAUUGGAAACGUUGUCGCAAAUGGUUUGGUCAUGCUGAGCUCUGCCGUGCUCUGGGUGGCUCAAAACAUGGAAGAUGAAUAUACUUAUAACCUAGCACUAUAG